UCGCUGUGCUCUGACGGAUGGGGAUACACUGCCAAAGCGGACUUAGGGGCGAGAAGAGAAGUGUUUCUUUUCUUCUCUGGUGUGUUUUCUUUCUCUUCCGCCUGGCUUCCCUCAUGAGCUGUUAAUUCCAGCCCCACUCCUGAGGAUGAGGAGGAUGUAUUUGUGAGGAAGGCGCAACAAAGGAAGAGGAAACAAGGAGCAACAGGGUGGUGAUUUCUGCGGGCGGGAGUCAGCAAAAAGACCUUUUUCUUUUUCUCCAGGCUCGAGCAAAGGAGUCCUGGCUCCCAGCAGCAGCCAUGUGAGAGGAGCUGUCAACAAGCAGAGGAUGCCCAUGCUCAGCUAAAGCAGAGCAGCCCCCCUCCAUCCAUCCCUCCCUCUCUCCCUCCCAUUCUUUCCACAUGAGGACGAGAAGAUGACUAUCACCAGCCGGCAGUCCUUCAAUGUCCUGACGGUCAUCUUCCUCCUGCUGUCCACUGCAGCCCUCUCAGCUCACUACCGAGUGUGUGAACCCUACUCCGACCACAAGGGGCGUUACCACUUUGGCUUUCACUGCCCACGCCUCACAGACAACAACAAGACCUACAUGUUCUGCUGCUACCACAACAACACCGCCUUCAAAUAUUGCUGCAAUGAGACCGAGUUUCAGAUGGUCAUGCAGAUAAACCUCACCACCACCUCAGACGGUUAUGCACACAAUAAUUAUACAGCCCUAGUUGGUGUGUGGAUCUACGGCUUCUUCGUUAUGGUGCUGCUGGCGCUGGACUUUCUCUACUACUCAGCCAUAAACUACGAGCUGUGCCGGGUCUACCUGGAGAAAUGGGGUCUGGGAGGACGCUGGCUGAAGAAGGCUCGGAGUCAGUGGCAAAGGUCCAUGACAGAGGAGAGCGAAGCCCAGGCUCAAGCCCAGCCCAUGGUCCCUAGCCACUACCAACCCAGACACAGCCUCAGAGGGGAGAGCCACAGCCCCACACUCCUGCCCCACAACACAUCCACUGCAUGAAUGAUGCUUCGAGUGGACAAACUGAAGAGUAGCAACGCCUUGUUUCCUUACGUGGUACAGUGGAGAUACCCCACAGACGCCCCCUCUCUGCACCACAGACACAAACACUAGUGGUGGGCUAGCCAUACUGCAGUAGUUAGAAGUGACUACUUCCCUUUCUAAUGAGCACAAAACACCCAUGGAUUGACAGAAGCGGGCUGAUAUGGCAUUUAGAAACCCAGCUGAACAAAGGCUGCCAGGAGACACAAAGAACUGUACUGCUUCUACCACAGCAGAGGAGCGACACAUUCAACUGCUCACAGGUGUUCAGUUAUCCCCUGAAGCGACUGCCAAGACCUUGAGUAUCCCAAACAGAUCUGAGCUGAACUGGAUAAACUGUACUCGCGAGCAUGAAGGCUUGCCUGUUUUUAAAAAAGAAGCUCAUCUUUCUAGAUAUAAAUUGUUUAUUACACUGCUGUGUCAGUUUGUGUUCAGUAGCAGUUAGACACAGUUGUGGGUUAUCUAUUUGGUGAUUUAUUUAUGUGAAAUAGUCAGAGAAAUAUAUGAGUGGUUAACAUUCAGAAACUGUAAAAGCUUAGAUUGAUGCUGAGCAUCUCACUUAGAGUAGACUGUUUUUGUUACGUACUGAAAGCAGACACAAAAUGUCUCUGCAGCCAUGUUAUGAAACAGUAUCUUGUAUGAAAUGUUUUAGGUCUCCUCUCUGCAAAACAAGUGAUUUCUCUCUAUUGUAAUGUGCCCUACAAGGACACAACGCCAUACAGAUAAACUGCUGUAGAUCUAAAGUUUUUACAUUAGGUCAUCAAGAUUCUGCCUUUGGUUUAAUGAUGCUGAGAAAAGAGAUCUUGACUUUCAGUAAGUUAUUCACCCAGUACAUUUAUGCGGAUCAGGGAUGCCUUCACGACAGCAAAGAGCUUCAUGCUAAGUUAAACAUAACCUUAAUCCUUGGCUAUGAGCCUACAAGCCCAUUUGAGACCAUUACUUAUAAAGUUAGUGCGAGACAGUAUCCUCGAUAACCUCAUCCAUCGACUUGUUUGCCCUUCCUCAUUACCGGAGUUGCCUGAAAAACAGCUCCAUUAGCAAUAUGAUGCAAAUGAAUUUCCAUUUGGUUCCUUCAUAAGGAGCCCUCUAUAUCCCACACUGGUAAUAGACAAUUGUAAGCGAUUAGCCAUAAUAGAAAAUGUAAAAAACCCAUUAAAACCCCUCUCACUGUCAGCAAUAAUGUACAGUAGCUUAAUCAGAAGGAUGACAUGGUGUGUAAAAGUCAGAGGUGCCAGCCAAAUGAGCACUGGGUGGAUAAUCAUUGAGGUGUAUCGCAGAGCUUUCAGGUCAGUUUACAUUUAAUAGGAAGGUGAAGUCGAUGAAAUGGACAUAGAGUAUUUCUGGAUAAUGAACUCAUACUGAAAAAAAGGUCUCAAACAAAAUCUGUCAGCUUUGUGAGGAGGAAAGCGGAAACAAUUUUCACUUUUAAACAGAGAAACUUUUACUUUAGAGCUGCAAAUAAUGAUUACUUUUGUUAUCUGACAAUUACUUCCUCAAUUAGUCAAUAAAUCAUUGGUCUAUUAUGUCAGAAAACAGUGAAAAUUGCAUGUUAUAAUUGUUUGACUUAACCAACAGUCCAAAACCCAUUCAUUUUCAGUUAUACUAGGCCUAUAUGUAAUAUAUGAUACAUUUGUGAAAAUUACUAGAAUGAUUAGUCAGUAAUCUAUUUGCAGUCAUCUAUAGCUGCAACAAUUUGUUAUUAAUUAAUGAGCCAAUAAUUUUUUCCUAACCAAUGAAUAAAAUGGUAGGUCUAUGUAAAUUAAGUGAAAAUAAUUAGAAAUGCUUUAAGUAAUUUGGUUGAGUCUUAAAAUCACUUGUUUUGGCCAACCAACAGUCCAAAAUCCAAAGAUCUUCAAUUAACUAUCAUAGUAGACGGAGAAAAGCACCAAAUCAUCACAUCUAAAAAAGAUUAAGGUAAGGAAUUAUUUGGCAUUUUUGCUUGAAAAAUUAUGUGAAAAAAUAAACUUAUCAACCAAAUACUUAGUUGAAAUAAUAAAUACACUGAAUAAUGGUUUCAGCUCUACAAUCACAAAGUUUAUAGGAAAGAGUAACACUUCAUGCCAAAAUUUGAAUUAACUACAGGGAUAAAUUUUCUGUAAUCCAUAAAAUGCUAGAACAGACAUCUGCAACUGGUACUCUGACAGCUGCCGAGCCUGUAUGUGUACAGAAUCUCUGGUUCGUGCAACAUUUCUGAAGUCAUUGCUGAAAGCUAACAGGAGAUGCUGUUAAUUGUUGAGAGUUGGCAAGAAGCCAGCCAUUAGACUUGGGGUCUUGCCAUCAUAUUUGUCCUCUUUGUAUCAUAAAGUCUAAGUGGACCCUCUGAACAGAACUCUGGUCACUCACUGUUAGCGGGGUCUGCAACCUUCGGUUAUCAGCAAUAAUAUUCACAUUUGCUGAGUUGUAAGUGCACGUUAAUUCCCAUUCAAGCGGCUAAAGUUUAAUAGCGUGUGCGCCCCAGCAGGUUUGUGCUUUCAGGUGCAGAGAAAUAGGAUGUGUCCAGGUAUAAUAAUUGACCCAGGGUUCCCAGGGUUCAGUAAUUGUUCUAAAUUACGCUCUCUUUCUGUAGCUGCCUCCUUAUUGCCAGAGUGUGAACAGCAGCGACAAACAGGAGGAAGUUUUUAACAGGGGAGGGAAUUUAAUUAGUCCCUAAUGAGUGGGGAAAUCUGGUGUGUUAGAUAACAUGUCACUUUUCAGCGCUCUACGCUGUGUGUUCUGACCUGUAAUAAAGCAAAGAUUUGUCCUUAUCACCAAUAAAGUAACCGUCACACCCAGGGAAGAAAAAAAAUUAAUUUUGCCUCUGACAAGCAGUAGCACAGUCGAAAACGGAUUAUUUCCCCAGUUUCUAAAAUGUUACAACUUGGUUUUGUGAUGUUUUCUGUUUUGUUUAAAAACAGUCUUGACUCUGACCUGAUGUGAUGUGGUACUGUAAAUCAUAUCAGCUCAACUCUCUUCCCUCAAAAAAUAAUAAUAAAAACAAACAUAAAAAACAAUGGGAGGAAGCGAGCACACAUCUGUUUCAGUCUCUCCAGGUUGUCAUGGUAACAGUUGCCUUACAGUUGAAUACCCACCUGUACACAGAAGCUUUGUAGUGGUUGAUACCUCACUUUUUGGGUGUGGUGGUGAUGAUAAAGUGCACCACGUUCUGUCUAUGUAUUUACUACUAGAUAGAAUGAUCAGUACCGUUUUCAGUUGCAUUGUUAUUGCACUUGUUGACUUUGUAUUGUCACGACAGGGAGAAAUAAAGUUUUAUCUUUUCCAGUGUGUUUAAA